AUGGUCGAUACAACAACAGAAACAAUGGUUGAUACAACAACGGAAACAGCUGUUGAUACAACAACGAUGGUUGAUACAACAACGGAAACAGCUGUUGAUACAACAACGAUGGUUGAUACAACAACAGAAACAGCUGUUGAUACAACAACGGAAACAGCUGUUGAUACAACAACGAUGGUUGAUACAACAACGAUGAUCGAUACAACAACAGAAACAAUGGUUGAUACAACAACGGAAACAGCUGUUGAUACAACAACGAUGGUUGAUACAACAACUGAAACAAUGGUUGAUACAACAACGGAAACAGCUGUUGAUACAACAACAGAAACAAUGGUUGAUACAACAACUGAAACAGCUGUUGAUACAACAACGAUGGUUGAUACAACAACAGAAACAAUGGUUGAUACAAAAACAGAAACAGCUGUUGAUACAACUACGAUGGUUGAUUCAACAACUGAAACAAUAACUGAAACAGCUUUUGAUACAACAACUGAACCAGUGACUGAAACUACAACAAGUGAAAUAUUUGUUGACACAGUAUUCGAUACUACAACCGAGCCAGGGAUUGAUUCAACGACGGCCUCAUUUACAGACUCUACAACUGAAUCGGUAGUCGAUACAACAUCUGUGGCUGACACAACUACAACGUCAGAUGUUACUACAGAAACAGCUGUGGAUUCAACUACCAUGUUUGACACAACGACUGCCGUAGACUGCUCAAUCUGUUGCGGUUCAUCGAAUAAUCAGCAAGGAAAUGGCAACACGAACAAUCAAGGAGCGGGUUCAACAAAUAAUCAAAAUGGAGAUGGUAACACAAACAAUCAGCUGAACUGCGCAGCUUGUUCCUGUUCCACAAUACCAGAAGAAACAACAACAUUUGCUGUGACGUUCGAGAGCACGACCGCUGCUGACUCAACUACAACGUCAGAUGCUAUAACAGAAACAGCUGUGGAUUCAACUACCAUGUUCGACACAACGACUGCCGUAGACUGCUCAAUCUGUUGCGGUUCUUCGAAUAAUCAGCAAGGAAAUGGCAACACGAACAAUCAAGGAGCGGGUUCAACAAAUAAUCAAAAUGGAGAUGGUAACACAAACAACCAGCUGAACUGCGCAGCUUGUACCUGUACCACUACAGUUGCUUCGUCAACAACAGAAGGAACGACAUUAGAAGUGACGUUUGAGAGCACGACUGCUGCUGACUCAACUACAACGUCAGAUGCUACAACAGAAACAACUGUGGAUUCAACUACUGUGUUUGACACAACGACCGCUGUAGACUGCGCGGUCUGUUGCGGUUCUUCGAAUAAUCAGCAAGGAAAUGGCAACACGAACACUCAAGGAGCUGGUUCAACAAAUAACCAAAAUGGAGAUGGUAACACAAACAAUCAGCUGAACUGCGCAGCUUGUACCUGUUCAACGACAAUUGAUACGACGACACCACAAGAAACGACUUUAGAAGUGACGUUCGAGAGCACGACUGCUGCUGACACAACUACAACGUCAGAUGUUACUACAGAAACAGCUAUGGAUUCAACUACCAUGUUUGACACAACUACUGCUGUAGACUGCUCGCUCUGUUGCGGAUCAUCGAAUAAUCAGCAAGGAAACGGUAACACGAACACUCAAGGAGGGGGUUCAACAAAUACACAACAAGGAAAUGGUAACACCAACACUCAGCUGAACUGCGCAGCUUGUGCCUGUUCCACGAUACCAGAAGAAACAACAACAUUUGCUGUGACGUUCGAGAGCACAACAACUGUGGAUUCAACGACUGCUAUGGAUACAACCACUGUAUCGGGUUCAACGACUUUAGAGUCUACAACGACAAACGAACCAACAACCGACACGACAGUGAAACCGCAAACGGACACUGGAACCAUGUCGGGUACCGACGGAACAACGGCUGAUGGAACAACCGAAACAACUCUUGAGACAACUACUGGUACACCAACUGAUACUACUGAAAUGACAACUGAAACUCUCGCUGACUCAACCACAGCCUUAGAUGUUACUACAGAAACAAUUGUGGAUUCCACCACUAUGUUUGAAACUACGACUGCUGUUGACUGCUCGCUCUGCUGUGGCAACGAUACUAUCAUCAUUAUUGGCAACAACAACCAAGUCAAUACAGGCUCAUCUAGCACUCAAAGCGGGGCCGGUAAUACAAAUACCCAAGGAACGGGUUCUACUAAUACGCAAACCGGAAAUGGCAACACAAAUACCCAAGGAACGAGUUCAACAAAUACGCAAAACGGAAAUGGAAACACAAACACGCAAGGAACAGGAACAACAAAUACGCAAAGCGGAAAUGGUAACACGAACACACAAAACUGCGCAGCCUGUACCUGUACCACGACGAUUGCUCAAACUACACCAGAAACAACAAGUACGGUUGUUACAG